UCCCUCUUCCCUUCAUUAACAGAGCGCGAAGUCAUGGAGUCUUCCAAGACCUUCAUGAGACACCUACGGAUCACACCAGGCUACAGUGGCUUCGUGCCGUACCUUAGCUGCCAGGGGACCUCCGGCGAGGACGACAUGUCCCACUGUCUGAAAACUUUCCAGGAGAACACACAGCGAUAUAAAGACCAGCUGGAGGAAUUUCGCUGCUCGGUGGCCACUGCCCAGAAAUUGAAGCCCAUCUGCUCCGAGGAGACGGUCUUGCGGGCACUCCACCAGUACUACCAGCAGUAUCACCCCAUGAGUCUGGAAUGCAAGUACGUAAAGAAGCCUCUCCAGGAGCCUCCAAUCCCUGGCUGGGCGGGCUACCUGCCGAGAGCCAGGGUCACUGAACUAGGCUGCGCCACACGGUACACUGUCAUGGCCAGAAACUGCUACAGGGACUUCCUGGACAUCACGGAGCAGGCCAAGAGAGUGCACCUGAAACCGUAUGAGGAAAUAUACGGAGUUAGGUCUACACAACCUCCUCCUGUUCCCUCUCCAAAAAUUUUGCAGCAUGAAGGGCUGCUGCCAAAAUAUCCGGAUUUCUCUGUUCCAAGUGGUAGCUGUCCUGCCCUUGGAAGACCCCUGAUAGAGGAUCCCAGACCUCCGGUGACGUAUGGCUGUGCUCAGAGGCCAAACAUGUCGUGCAACGGGAAGAUUUAUCUAGAGCCACUGUCCUCAGCAAAGUAUGCAGAAGGCUAGAAGCAGAGAGCCUCCCAAGGAGAGGAUCAUAUUGUGCAUCAAUACUGAAGUCACUGAUUAAUUCAUUUGGCACCAACCUUUAAAAGAUGGCUUGAGCUGUAAAACAAAAACAAAAAACAACCACCCAAUGACAGAGGUAACAAAAUUGAAUAAAGGCAAUUUA